AUGGCGGUCACGGUGGUGGUGGUCGAAGCCAGGGAAGGGCUUCGUACGUUCGGCGAGGGAACAAGGGUAUGGCGCCUCGGUGUUGAGCUCGACGGAAGGGGUUCUGGUGGGGGUUCCUCUGGUUCGGCGAGGAGAAGAUGGGGCUCUGGCGCGAGGGGAGGAGAGUGUGGUGACGCGGCUGGAACGAGAAGAGGGUUGGGUCACGGAGAGGUCGCCGGCGUAGAUGAAAAGAGGAGGAUGAGCGAGGUGGGAUCGCGGACAGAACAGGGGCUGGAGAGGCGCGGCGAAAGCAGGGCAGCGGCGAUUAGGGUUGCCGGCGGUGCUGCGGUCCUGGGCUCGCGGAGAAAGAAAGUCACAAAAUCAGAGCAGAGGGAGGAAGGGGAAGGAAGGGUGGAAGCGGCCGGCCAAAGUGGCGGCACCAGCGGUGAUACUCAGAGACUGAAGUGGCGAAGAAGAAGGGCAGCGCUGCGUUGCAAGGCUGAGAAACAGGGGAGACGCCCUGUUCUUGCUGCUCGAAGGCAUCGAGAGAAUAGGGGGAUGGCGGUCACGGUGGUGGUGGUCGAAGCCAGGGAAGGGCUUCGUACGUUCGGCGAGGGAACAAGGGUAUGGCGCCUCGGUGUUGAGCUCGACGGAAGGGGUUCUGGUGGGGGUUCCUCUGGUUCGGCGAGGAGAAGAUGGGGCUCUGGCGCGAGGGGAGGAGAGUGUGGUGACGCGGCUGGAACGAGAAGAGGGUUGGGUCACGGAGAGGUCGCCGGCGUAGAUGAAAAGAGGAGGACGAGCGAGGUGGGAUCGCGGACAGAACAGGGGCUGGAGAGGCGCGGCGAAAGCAGGGCAGCGGCGAUUAGGGUUGCCGGCGGUGCUGCGGUCCUGGGCUCGCGGAGAAAGGAGAAGAAGGUUGGCGGAGGUGAGGCGCUGCUACUGGCGUGA